AAAAUUCAAAUUGAUCGUAGAAGUACAGUUUCCAUUAAUUACUUUGGAAGUAGAAACGUGUGACGUGUAACGUGUUGGGCCUGCCUGGGAGUUUUGAGUUUGACUCGGAAAGGAGGAGAGAGUUGGAUGAGUCUAGAGAAGGAAGAAGCCUCCGUCCCACGGCGGCGAUUAUCCUGCACCACCCACUUCGACGCCCUCUGGUUUUGCUAUUCCCCCGUCCAUCAGAUGCAGCAAUAUUAUCGGCUUGGUGAUCUUGACAAUUGUUCUGGAAAGUGGACUGCUCUUGUUUAUUGUUUAAGUCUCAAAACAAAAAGAUUUUCUGGAGUAGAGGAAAUUAUUGAGACUCGGGAAAAAACCAAGCCUCAUAUAUGGUUUUUCCGGUCCCCAGAAGAAGCAGCACCUCAUUGGAAAGAGCUCUUUGGAAAUCUAGAUGGGCAGGAAUGAUCAUUUUUUAUCAUCGAUAAUAAUCAUGCUCAUUCCAUUUGCGUUUUACUUUUGUAGCAAGAAACUGACCUAGUAAACAAUGUUUUUACUCGAUUUAGUUCUACUCAGCAUUAAUGGUGCAACCAAGAUAAAGGGUCGGAAACUAUAGUUCUCGAUUUUGAAGGAUGUUAUAGACUAUAGAUCUCUGGCAUAUACAUAUAUUUUGUAUAAUCUUCCAUUCAUUUUUAAGUGAAGAUUAUAUGAUUUUAGUA